AUGGGAAACGAUGGAGGAAGUAUCCCAUCUCGCGAUGAAAUGGUUCGCACCAAGGCUGCACCCAGAGCGAAAGACGACCUCAAGCAAGCAGCAAAACAAGAUGCCUGGUCCUACUGCGCACUGUCACGUUCGCAACUGACAGCACCGCUGGUAUCUGAUGGGCAUGGGAAGCUGUAUAACAAGGAGAGUAUCUUGACGUAUUUGCUCGAGCCGUCAGAGUUUGCGGGCGACGCGUCAAAGCAAAUGGCGCAUGUUACAUCGAUGAAGGAUGUCGUGGUAUUACAGUUGAGUAAGAGCGGCGACAAAUAUAUCUGCGAAGUGACUAGAAGAGACAUGGAUGGCGCGACGCCCUUCGUCUAUCUGACUCCGUGUGGUCACGCACUGGCGAAGGCGGCACUGAGCCAUUCAGAUGAUCGCGUGUGUCCAGUAUGCGACAUGGCUUUUGAUGAGCGCGACAUUAUACCCAUCAAUCCGGAAGAGGCCGACACCGCGCGGCUUCAAAGUCGGCUGGAGGCAUUAGCAGCAGAGGGCUUGACACACAGCGGCGCACCAAUGCGCAAGAAGAAGCGGAAG